AGAGGCGACAGCACUUGAGGGUACCUGGGAGAAGACGAAAAAUGAGUAAGGGUUCUCUGCAAGAGUGAGGUGGGUGAGGGAGCAGUCACGGUCUCCCUAAAAAGACUAGAGAAAAGGGCUCAGCCCUGGAUGUGGGGUACCCACUUUGAAUUAUAGAGAGCGCUUUACAUUUAGAAAAGGAAAGACACCUUUGUUUCUACAGAAGACUCUGUGGUAGGAAAGCGGGUCCCAUUGUAAUUGGACGGAUGGGAAGGAGGCGAAUUGGAUGGGAUGGGCAGGAAGGUUUGUGCUGUGGCAGGUCGGAGGUGCCUUUGCCCUUUGACACGCAGGCUCAGGAACAGGCCUGUGUGCGCAGGCUGAAGCAUGGGAACCCAGAAACCGCGGAUCUUGCCCUGGCUGGUAUCGCAGCUGGACCUGGGGCAGCUGAAAGGUGUGGCCUGGCUGGACGAGAGCCGUACGAAGUUCCGGAUCCCCUGGAAGCACGGCCUGCGACAGGACGCACAGAUGGCUGACUUUGGCAUCUUCCAGGCCUGGGCGGAAGCCAGUGGUGCCUACACCCCAGGGAAGGAUAAGCCAGACCUAUCAACCUGGAAGAGGAAUUUUCGGUCAGCCCUGAACCGGAAAGAAGUGUUGCGGUUAGCUGAUGACCGGAGCAAGGAUCCUUUUGACCCUCAUAAAGUGUAUGAGUUUGUGACUCCAGGUGUGUCAAGGGAUUUUGUACAUCUAGACACCUCUCCUGAUACCAAUGGCAAAAGCAGUCCGUCUGACCCCCAGGAAGACCUCCUGGAAUUACUAGAUGACAUGGCCUUGGGACCUGAGGGCUCCUCAGGCCUGGCUGUUGCGCCUGACUACCCUCAACUACUGCCAAGCCCCAAUUUGGACAGCUUUCUAAACCCAGAACCCCAGGAAAAUCCACUGAGGCAGCUGCUGGCUGAGGAACAAUGGGAGUUCGAGGUGACUGCUUUCUAUCGGGGCCGCCAAGUCUUCCAGCAGACACUCUUCUGCCCGGGCGGCCUGCGACUAGUGGGCACCGCAGCGGAGACCAGAACACUGCCCGGGCAGCCAGUCACCCUGCCAGACCCUCAGGGGUUUCUGACAGACAGGCUUGCAAGGAAGUAUGUGAGGCACGUGCUCAAGGGGCUGGGCGAAGGGCUGACGCUGUGGCGGGCAGGGCAGUGUCUCUGGGCCCAGCGCCUGGGCCACUCCCAUUUCUUCUGGGCUCUGGGUGAGGAGCUGCUUCCAGACAGCGGGCGAGGGCCAGACGGAGAGGUCCCCAAGGACAAGGAAGGAAGCGUGUUCGACCUUAGGCCCUUUGUGGCAGAUCUGAUUGCCUUCAUGGAAGGAAGUGGACAGUCCCCACGCUACACUCUGUGGUUCUGUGUGGGGGAGUCGUGGCCCCAGGACCAGCCGUGGGUCAAGAGGCUUGUGAUGGUCAAGGUUGUUCCUACAUGUCUCAAGGAGCUGUUAGACAUGGCCCGGGAAGGGGGAGCCUCUUCACUGCAAACCGUGGACCUGCACAUCUCCAACAGCCAGCCCAUCUCCCUCACCCCUGACCAGUACAAGGCCUACCUCCAGGACUUGGUGGAGGACAUGGACUUCCAGGCCACCGGAGAGACCUGAGCCUUGUUCAGCUGCCACCAAUAAAGGAGUCUGUGCCACCA